AUGGCGACGACGCAAGAGGAGAUGUCAAAGCUUAUGGCUAAUGUUACGCCAUGGUACAAGGACCCGGGUCGACGAAAGCUCUAUGCGCUCUUGGCGAUUGCACUCCUUUCCUCGGCGACCAACGGCUACGACGGCUCAUUAAUGAACGGCUUGCAGAGUAUAACUUAUUAUGAGUCCUAUUUCAACCGUCCUCAUGGCUCGACGCAAGGCUUGCUGAACGCCAUUCAAAGUGUUGGCGCCAUAGUCAGCCUUUUCACCGCCCCCUACGCGGCCGACUACGGCGGCCGCAAAUGGACCAUAUUCUUCGGCUGCAGCGUCGUCGUUAUAGCUGGUCUCGUUCAGUGUUUCGCGAUAAACAUCCACAUGUUCACCGCCGCCAGGUUUCUCAUCGGUCUUGGCUCCGGUUUUGCUAAUCUCGCCUCACCUUUGCUCAUCACAGAACUUGCCCAUCCUUGCGAACGCGGAAAGAUCUCAGCUUUAUACAACACCCAGUACUACUUGGGUGCAUUUUUAGGGGGUUGGAUCACUUUCGGAACUCUAUACAUACCGUCUAACUGGGCGUGGAAACUUCCAAGUUUACUUCAAUCCGCUCCUUCCGCCGUCCAAGUGCUCCUGGUCUUCCUUCUACCGGAGAGCCCUCGCUGGCUCAUGUCUCGUGGCAAGGAUGAGAAGGCCUUGAAAAUACUCGCCAAAUACCACGCCAACGGCGACGAGAAUGACGCCUUGGUCAGGUACGAGUAUGCCGAGAUGCAGGCAACAAUCAGGAAAGGCGAACAGAAGGGGCGCUGGUCCGAAUUGUUUAACACCAAGGGUAACCGUUAUCGUGCCUUUAUCUGUCUGGCGUGUGGCGUGUUCUCACAAUUCUCCGGUACCAGUCUCACCGCAUACUAUCUGCACAACAUCUUGGAGAACAUUGGCAUCACCGACCCGAAGUAUCAGAACAAGCUCAAUGGCUUCAUUCUCAUGGUCAACAUGCUCGAGGCAUGGUUCUGGGCCCUGAUGGUCGAUCGGGUUGGUCGUCGUCCACUCUUCCUAAUCGCAUCAGGUGGAAUGUGCUGCACGUUCGCCAUCUGGAUCGCUUUGACAGCUGAGCAACUCAUGCAUCCAGACCAGACGGGAUUUGGCAAAGGCGUAAUCGCCAUGAUUUUCUUCCACAACUUCUUCUACAACUUUGCAUGGAUCUCGCUCAACAUCUCCUACCCACUCGAAAUCCUCAGCUUCAAAAUCCGCGCAAACGGACUGUUCCUGCAGGGUCUCACCACAAACAUCUGUCUAUUCCUGUCUCAAUACACCAUCCCUCUUGGCAUCGACGCCGGCAGCUGGAAGUUCUACUUCUUCUUCGAAGGCUGGUUGAUCAUUCAGUUUGUGACCGUGUACUUCUUCUUCAUUGAGACUCGAGGCGCGACUCUCGAAGAAAUUAGCAAGACUUUUGACGGUGCGGAUGCGGUGGAAGAGUUCAAGGCUAAGGCGAAUGACGCCGUGGGUGUGUCGGACAUUACUGAGAUUGGCGAUGGGAGGAAAUGUCGCUCGGACAGUGUCGGCGUUGGUGAGGCUGAGCAUGUAGAUGAGAUUCAUGAGGCUAAGUGGGAGUGA